AUGGAACCUGUGUAUAUCCCAGCGUAUACUACAGCCAACAUCACAAAUGAAGAGUCAACAUUCACUGAACCUAGAUCACAAAACAUGGAACAAGGACUACUGAACUUGGCUAAUUCAUUGGCGCAGCAAAUGAGUCUUAGUAGACUACCUCCUGCUGAACCAAGUGUUUUUAUGGAGACCCUCUCAAGCAUCCAGGAUGGAAACUCAAAGAAAGGAAGAAGAAACGAGUAUUCCCCUUUCAAGGAAUUUAUGGAAUUCUUAACAAAGGAAUCAAAAAUUGCGUGUGAUCCUGUGAUAUCCAUUCAAGCAAAUAAGAAUGAACAAGGACAUGGUGAAACUGAGAAAUCCUCCAAACAUGUUAAGAAAACUAACAGGACAGGACAAUUAGCCUCCUUUGAAAAAGGAAGAAACUUUGCAAUAAUGUCAUCUUUAGAUACAACAAGGACAUGUGUUUUCUGUAACUGCGAGCAUUAUUUGAAUGACUGUAAGGAGUUCCUAUCCAAGAGCAUUGAUGAAAGGAAAAAAUAUGCACAGGAUAUGAAAUUGUGCUUCGGCUGUUUAAAUUCUGGGCAUAUCUCAAAGAAUUGUCGACGACGGCUCAAAUGCAAGAAAUGUCAAAGGCAUCAUCUUACAUCUCUUCACGGUGAUACACAUCAAAGAAGGAGUGAGGGUUGUAAGUUCAAAGAGACAGAAAAUGAAACACAGUUUACAUCCUCUCAUGUAGGAAAGAUUAGAACAAUCUCGACAAAUAAUAACAAAGUGACAAACAAAACGUCUAUGAUUGUGCCAGUGUACAUUUCACAUAUUGACAGACCAGAUCAGGAGAAAUUGGUAUACGCUCUUCUUGAUACCCAGUCAGAUACAACAUUUAUAACAAAUGACACUUACCAUCAGCUUGGACUAUCAGGAACAAACGUCAAAUUAUUACUGUCCACAAUGUAUGCAGAAAAUCAAGUGGUGGAAAGUCACAAAGUGAAAAGCUUAGUCGUAUGUGGAUUUAAUAGUGAUUUGAAGAUACCGCUUCCUGAUACAUUUACGCACAACAUCAUGCCAGCAGACAGAUCUCACAUUCCUACCCCAGAAGUGGCGCAGAGUUGGACUUAUCUAGAGUCUAUAGCUUCUGCACUUAUGCCUUUACAGAAUUGUGAAAUUGGACUUUUGAUUGGUUAUAAUUGUCCUAAGGCCUUAAUAUCCCGUGGUGUUAUUGCACCUCUAAAUGAAGGACCAUAUGGACAAAGAACAGACCUUGGUUGGAGCAUCAUUGGUAUUGUGAACCAAAGUCAUUGCAACGAAGAAAAGGACUCUGUCAGCAUAAGUCAUCGCAUUAUCUCAAGAGAGGUUCAUCUUCGUGUUUUUCGCCCUAACAUGCAGGAACCGAGCCAUGUGAUGUUUUGUAUGAGAACCAAAACUAAAGAAGUUAUAAAUCAAGAUGAACUAACACGAAUGUUUGAAUUUGAUUUCGUAGAACAAUCUGCUAAUGUGAAACUACCGUCUUACGAAGAUCGUAAAUUUAUUUCUGUUCUGGAAAAUGGAUUACACAUUUCUAAUGGACAUUAUGAAAUGCCGUUGCCCUUUCGUAAGGAUUCGCCUUGUCUUCCGAACAAGAGUGUGGCUAUUCAUCGUCUCAAGAACUUGAAAGGACGACUUGAAAAGAAUGACAAAUACAGAUUACAUUACGUGUCCUUCAUGAAUGAUUUGGAUUUGCAGAAAAGUGCAAAAUAUGAAGGCCAAUCUCUUAACGAUCAUCUCUUACAGGGGCCCGAUCUUACAAACUCUCUUGUGGGUGUUUUGUGUCGAUUCCGUCAAGAACCCAUUACACUUGUCUGUGACCUUGAACAAAUUUUUCACCAAUUCAGAGUGAAUAGUGAACAUCGGAACUAUCUUCGUUUCUUUUGGUGGGAAAAUGGUGACCUUAAUGAACUACCUCCAGAAUACAAGAUGUGUGUUCACCUGUUUGGGGCAGCGUCCUCACCGGGAUGUGCUAAUUUCGGGAUGAAACAAAUAGCUAAUGACAACGAAUGUGAAUUCGGUAUGGACACAGCUAACUUUUUGAGACACAAUUUUUAUGUUGAUGGUGGAUUGAAAUAUGUGGCGACCACAUCAGAAGCAAUGAAACUUGUUCAGAAAAGCAAGGAAAUGUGCAAGAAAGGUGGAUUAAGACUGCACAAAUUUCUGUCUAAUUCCAAAGAUGUUCUUGAAAGCAUUCCACCGACAGAAAGAGCAAAGGCGUUAGAAAAUGUGGAUCAUCUUCAUGACAAACUUCCCAUAGAAAAGACUCUUGGUAUACAAUGGUGUGUGGAGUCUGACUCAUUUCAGUUUAGUAUGGUGCUGAAUGAUCGACCCCUGACUAGACGUGGAGUACUGUCAACGCUGAGUUCUGUCUACGACCCACUUGGAUUAAUCUCGCCAUUUGUUUGA